GGAGGCUGUAAAGAGACUGUGAAAGCAUUCCAGAGUAGUGAGAGAGACCAGGGAGCAGAAGGAAAGGAGGCCCCACCCCCACCCCGCCUCCAAGGCCAACCGUGGGCUCAAGGGGAAGAGGCCGGCUGCACACUCGUCUACUCUGGCCCCACUUUCCAGGCUGCCAUGGGGCCCAGCACUCCUGUCCUCAUCUUGUUCCUUUUGUCAUGGCUGGGACACCUUCAAGGACAGCAGCACCACCUUGUGGAGUACAUGGAACGCCGACUAGCUGCCUUAGAGGAACGGCUGGCCCAGUGCCAGGACCAGAGCAGUCGGCAUGCUGCUGAGCUGCGGGACUUCAAGAACAAGAUGCUGCCGUUGCUGGAGGUGGCAGAGAAGGAGCGGGAGGCCCUCAGGACUGAGGCUGACACCAUCUCAGGAAGAGUGGACCGUCUGGAGCGGGAGGUUGACUAUUUAGAGACCCAAAACCCAUCUCUACCCUGUGUCGAAUUAGAUGAGAAGGUAACCGGAGGCCCAGGGACCAAGGGCAAGGGCAGAAGAAAUGAGAAAUAUGAUAUGGUAUCGGACUGUGGAUACACAAUCUCUCAGGUGAGAUCAAUGAAGAUCCUGAAGCGGUUCGGUGGCCCAGCUGGUCUAUGGACCAAGGAUCCCUUGGGGCCAACAGAGAAAAUCUAUGUGUUAGAUGGAACACAGAAUGACACGGUAUUUGUCUUCCCAAGGCCACGUGACUUCACCCUUGCCAUGGCUGCCCGGAAAGCUUCCCGAGUGCGGGUGCCCUUUCCCUGGGUAGGCACAGGGCAGCUUGUAUAUGGUGGCUUUCUGUAUUAUGCCCGGAGGCCUCCUGGAGGACCAGGAGGAGGUGGUGAGUUGAACACUUUGCAGCUCAUCAAAUUCCACCUGGUCAACCGAACAGUGGUGGACAGCUCAGUAUUCCCAGCAGAGGGCUUGAUCCCUCCCUACGGGCUGACAGCAGACACGUACAUUGACCUGGCAGCUGAUGAAGAGGGCCUUUGGGCUGUCUAUGCCACCCGGGAGGAUGACAGGCACUUGUGUCUGGCCAAGUUAGAUCCACAGACACUGGACACAGAGCAGCAGUGGGACACGCCGUGUCCCAGAGAGAACGCCGAGGCUGCCUUCGUCAUCUGUGGGACCCUGUACGUCGUCUAUAACACCCGCCCUGCCAGUCGGGCCCGCAUCCAGUGCUCCUUUGAUGCCAGCGGCACCCUGACCCCCGAACGGGCAGCACUCCCUUAUUUCCCCCGUCGAUACGGUGCCCACGCCAGCCUGCGCUAUAACCCCCGAGAGCGCCAGCUCUAUGCCUGGGAUGAUGGCUACCAGAUCGUCUAUAAGCUGGAGAUGAAGAAGAAAGAGGAGGAAGUUUGAGGACCUAGCCUUGGUUUUUGAAUCUCCACCCUCAUACACUUAAACCCCACUAAAUUUCCUGCCCCUCAUUCUGCAAAUGUGGGCAAGUUGUGGUGCCCAUCCCCUACUUUUUAGCCAGUGGCGACCAAAUUCUCACAUCCCCUUCGUCUCCAGAUUUUGAGUAAUGUUUUCAGAGCUGAAGAGUGAAAACACUAAACGUUCGCUCUUGCUCUCCUGCCCUGUGUCCACAAAUUUCAGGCCAAGGUCGACCUUGCGAGUUCUGACUCUCACAAGGAGUCAACCCUAGGAGCAGGUGGCAGUAUUUCCUGGCCUCAGUUUGACUUAACGGCAGAGAGGAAUAGGAGAAGGAGACUUCAACCCUGCCCUCCCCUCCUGCCUUCAGUGUCCGGGAGAGUGGGCUUUUUUCCACAUUAUUUUGUAUUAUAACAUUUCACAUUAAAAGGAAAAGCCACUA